CCCGGUACUGUUUCACCACCACUACCAAACAGUAUAUACUGUGACCCGUCACGUCUCCUAUGUAUAACAGGACUCAUAUACAGUUCUUUAUCCUCAGGCAUCUUGAGAUAUUUUUUUCCCAACAUUUUCCCAGUUUUCCCAGAAAUCAUUAUCAAUCUCCCGGAUUCACGAGUGGUGACCUUUGAAGAAAAUAUAAAUGAGUGUUAGUCAUAUCCAUUAUGAAUAUUAGUUUAGAGUAUAAAGUGUACACUUUACCCACGGGUCAACAAAACUACAUGAAUGUUGUCUGAAUAUUUGGAAAACAUCAAGAACGGAUAACAGAGAAUGAAUGUAUCUUAAAGCAAAUUGUUGUUCUCUAGUUCCAGGUUAAGUGCAGACCUUAACUGAUAUUUCAAAAUGCCGCAAAGGGGUUGGACUGACUUUGAUUCCCUCUGUGACAGUACAACAGAACCCAGAGUAAAGGGAUAUGCAGCACAACUAAUCAAACUUUAUAGAGAAGAAAACAUUAAUGUAGGAGAUGAAGUAAAUGUCGUGAAGAAGCCAUUUAGAUUACAGAUAUCUGUUAAGAAAUUGAUAAUUAAAAUAGAUCAGACUUUGAAAGAGCUUGAAACAAGGCAGCAAAAAAAUAUUGCCACAUUCACCAUAGGUAAAUCUACUGUUCAACAGAAAGAAAGUAGAGCGUUUAAUGUCUUGCCAUUACCAUUUGAUCCGGUCAAUGUGGAUACCUGGAAAUUAGGAAAUGGCCCAAAUGAAAGAUGGAGCAGUGACUAUAAAGGAAAAGAAUGUGAUGGACUAAUUGUUCUGUGUGCUAUAACUGAAGAAAUUAUACCAAAGAAACCUGAAGCUCUUUUAAACCCUGUAGAGUUAUACACACUCGCAUUAGAACAACAAUUAAUUCACCACUAUCUCUUAAACGAAGGUAAUAAUAAACUUGGAAAUAAGUCACUUGAUACUGGUGGAAAAAACACAAACCCAUAUGCUGGUGUAGUAUAUGUAGCAUACACGUUUG